GAGUUUAAAAUGCUCUAAAUGUGUAAAAGUUCUGAAUCUAAGUAGGAAUAAAAACUAAGUUCCUGUUCUGGAAGAAUCUUUUCUGGAUUUUAAGUUCACUGAUCAGCAAAACCAGAAUACGCCUUUAAGGGUGUACUUACUUAUCUCUGUUGGAAACUGGGUGGAUUUGUCUGCUGAGACGUGAUUGGCUGAGCCGCCCGCCUGCAGUAGCACAGCAGGCAGCCGCAGGCAGCAAGAUGGGCUCCAGCCGCUCCAGCCUGAGGCGCGUCCCGGACGGACAGCAGCUCCUGCAGGAAACCGGAUUCUCUGCAGCCGUCCUCCUCCGUCUCCAUCAGCGGUUCCAGUUCCUGGACAAAGACAGCAGAGGACACCUCAGGUCCGAGGACUUGGAGGCGGAGCUGUCCGAGAAUCCCAUGGGAGACCGAAUCGUUGGAGCGUUUUUCCAGCCGGGGCAGGAAACGGUGGACUUUCCCUCGUUUGUCCGGGUUCUGGCUCACUUCCGGCCCACGGAGAAAAACCGGACCCGAGGCGGCGAGCAGCCGGAGCCGGCCAACAGCCGGAACCGGAAACUCAAAUUUGCCUUCCAGCUGUACGACCGGGACCGAGACGGGAAGAUCUCCAGAACCGAGCUGCUGCAGGUCGACCCGACAAACACUCAGAGCUCAGGUGCUGAGGGAGAUGCUGGGGCUGCAGGUGACGGAGGAGCAGCUGCAGAGCAUCGCGGAGCGCGCCAUCCAGGAGGCCGACCUGGACCGGGACCACGCCAUCUGCUUCGACGAGUUCAGGAAGUCGCUGGAGAAAGUGAACAUCGAUCACAAGAUGAGCGUUCGCUUUCUGGAGUAACGCCUCUGGAAGAAGAAGAAGAAGAAAAGAUUUCACCUGGUGGGGCGGCUGGUUCCUAACGAGUCCCACCUGCUGCUGGUCCAGGACAAAGAGGCUCAUCCUGGGACCCAACAUGGCUGCAGCGCAGAAUCCAGAGUGAAACAUGACAAAAACCUUCAUUUCUUCCAAUGAUUGUGGCUCACAGAGCAUUAAAGUCUAACCUGUGAAACGUUGCAGCAGAACUUUCUGUUUGACUCCCCAGAUGUUUGAUGCUAGAGCAUAGAUCCCAUCUCAUUAUCGGGGGUGGGGGCCAUAAACAGGGACAUUUUUUAAGAGCAAUUUUUGGGGGUCAGCAAAGUUACAGUAAAAUGUGGUUUAAAUUUUUUGUUCAAGCUGCACCAUAUAAAAUGACUAGCAAUGAAUAACAAAAGUGUUUUUCUGAGUAAACAACCUGCUGAGACCCAGAGAGUCAAACUGAGAUUUGGUUCACAGACCUGAUCUCUGCUCCACCUUCACAACAACCUGAGGCUCUAAAUGGAAACAAGCUUUAAUAAGUAACUCCACUUAAUAAAAAUCCUCAUAAAUAUUGA